GUUUUUCUCCCCGCAAACAGCCACGUGUGAGUAAAGCGAGUCCGGUUUGGCCAUGGCGGCGGCUGUCUAAAGCGGGAGCCCCGGCACCUAGGCAACAGUGCACUGCACUGCGCAACAACACAGGCAUUAACAAUGGCGCUCCAAAAUGGGCUUGUCAGCAUUGCUGCUGUCGACAGCAUAGAAACACUCGACUCGAAAACGUCAUAUUUCCUCGAAUAUCUUGCAUUACGAAAACAAACAGAAGAUGUCAGUUUGGCCAAAUUCUUCGCUUUCCACCUUGAUGGAGGACUUGGUGUCCCUCCUGGACUCGCCGUUUCUGACGGCUGAAGACGACCCCUGUCUCCUGCACAAGGAUCUGGAGGCCGGGCCGGUGAAGGCCUGCCUCAGGUCACUCCCGUUUGGCGAUGCAUCCUCCCAAUGGCCGUGUGUCAAUCCAUUACUGGACACAGACAAUGGUGUGGGGGAUGCGUUCACCGGCUUGGACUGGAUGGUUGAGAAGGUAGAUCUCUUUGACACCCUGAUUGAAGAUGAAAGUGAUCCUCCAUCCCCAGAGGACCUGAUGGCAGCACUGGAUCGUUCUUGUGACCUUCUGGAUGACCUGCCCUUUGACCCCUUGCCCAAUAAACUACAAGUAUCUGACCCUGUGCUGGACAAUAAUAAUCUGGACUUUGGGGCAUUCCCCACCUCACCCCUGGGAUCUGAUCAACUGGCCCCCGCUUCCCCCUCCCCCGUCAGCCUGAAAACCCCAGAACUUUUCUCCUCUCCGAGCCACUCAAUAAAUUAUGAAGAGGAGAGUGAAACCAGUGUUUUAGAUAAUGAUAAAAGGCUAGAUUUGGCUUUGCUUCAAUCAUCACCACUUCAGAAUUCCUGCAAAGAGAAGGAUGAAGGGGCUUUAUCUGACUCUGACAGUGGGCUUUGUAAAAGUCCAGUUCAAACCCUCGACAGUGGGCUUGACACAAGCCUAGCUCGGACUUCAGGGGGUGCUUUGUCGGACUCUGACAGUGGGCUUCCUGCAAGCCCCUGUCACAGUCCUGUUCAGUCUCCAGAUAAUAGCAUGUCAGAAGGCUCCUCUCAAUCUGGCCUGUCCUCACUGGAGAGUUUAAGCCCAGUCAGGUCGACACCGUACGACCGCCCUAAUGCAGAGACAGUAGCAAAAGUAACACCAGCCAAAGUGAAAGUAAUCAGUGGUGCAGAGCCGAAAGUUAUAGAGAAAAAAUUGAAGAAGAUGGAACAGAACAAAAGUGCAGCAACACGGUACAGACAGAAGAAGAGAGCAGAGCAGGAAGCUAUAACUGCAGAAUGCCGGCAGUUAGAGGCAAAAAACCAGACCUUGCAGGAGAAAGUGGACUCUAUGGCAAAAGAAAUUCAAUAUUUAAAAGGCUUGGUAGAUGAGGUCAGAAAAGCUAAAAUUAAAAAAGAAAAAAGCUUGUAAUGUAGAAUAGUGUGUUUGUAUAUGUUGUAGUACUUGUUUUUAAUGUUAUUUGUAAUAAAACAUUGAAAAUGUC